UCCAUAUAUUUUCACAUUUAGGAUUUACAUAUACAACAUAUACCACUGUCAAGGGGGAAGUUCUUAUUAUUUAGGUUAGUUAGGUAUUUCCAUUUCAAAUAAAAAGGUAAAAAAUAAAAAUUGGGUUGCGCUAUAUAUAUGAAAGAGUAUACAAUAAUGAUGUAUUUGGCAAAUCAAAUACCAUGGUCUAAUAAUCAACCAUUUCGAUUAAUUGAUAAUAUUAGUAUUAGUUGGAAAUUUUCUGAACGAUUCCUAUGAAAAGUUUCAUUAACGCGUAAUUCGUGUCGAGUAGACCUUGAUGUUAUGAGAAUUCUUAAUUCAUGAGUUGUAGGGAGAGAUUUAUGUCACCACAAACAGAGACUAAAGCAAGUGUUGGAUUCAAAGCUGGUGUUAAAGAGUACAAAUUGACUUAUUAUACUCCUGAAUUCCAAACCAAGGAUACUGAUAUAUUGGCAGCAUUCCAAGUAACUCCUCAACAUGGAGUUCCACCUGAAGAAGUAGGGGCCGCGGUAGCUGCCGAAUCUUCUGCUGGUACAUGGACAACUGUAUGGACCGAUGGACUUACCAAUAUUGAUCAUUGCAAUGGGCGAUGCUACCGCAUCAAGCGUGUUGUUGGAGAAAAAGAUCAAUAUAUUGCUUAUGUAGCCUACCCUUUAGACCUUUUUGAAGAAGGUUCCGUUACCAACAUGUUUACUUCCAUUGUAGGUAAUGUAUUUAGGUUCAAAGCCCUGCGCGCUCUACGUCUAGAAGAUUUGCGAUUCCCUACUGCUUAUAUUAAAACUUUCCAAGGUCUGCCUCAUGGGAUCCAAGUUGAAAGAGAUAAAUUGAACAAGUACGGUCGUCCCCAGUUGGGAUGUACUAUUAAACCUAAAUUGGGGUUAUCUACUAAAAACUAUGGUAGAGCUGUUUAUGAAUGUCUUCACGGCGGACUUGAUUUUACCAAAGCGAUGAGAACGUGA